AGUCCUCCCUUCCCCUCCUCCCUCACCCCCGAGUCUCCCUCCCUACCAUCCUCCCUCACCUCCAGUUGACCAUGGCAUCAGAAGCAGAGAAAACGUUCCAGCGAUUUGCUGUCUUUGGAGAAUCAUCAAGCAGUGGCACUGAAAUGAACAACAAGAACUUCUCCAAGCUGUGCAAAGACUGUGGCAUCAUGGAUGGCAAAACGGUCACCUCCACUGAUGUGGACAUUGUGUUCAGCAAAGUCAAGGCCAAGAAUGCCCGAACCAUCACAUUUCAACAGUUCCAGGAGGCAAUGAAGGAACUGGGCCAGAAGCGGUUCAAGGGGAAGAACCCAGAUGAAGCCCUGGAGGACAUUUAUAAACUCAUGGAGGGCAAGGAUCCAGCUACCACUGGUGUUACUAAAACGACGACGGUGGGCGGGGUGAGCCGGCUGACAGACACCAGCAAGUACACGGGCACCCACAAGGAGCGCUUUGAUGAGAGUGGCAAAGGCAAGGGCAUAGCAGGACGGGAAGACAUGACUGACAACUCAGGCUACGUGAGUGGCUAUAAGGGUGCUGGCACCUAUGAUAAGAAGGGCAGCAAGUAGUGAGUAGCUUCAUCUCGGCCUUGACCCCGCCUCCUCAACACCAGGGAACUGGGGAACAAUAAACGUCUGUG